AUAUCAGUAUUCAGGUUGUCUUAACACGCUUGGGAGACACUAUGAAUUAUAUCGUUUUAUUGUUUUUAUUUGCUUUGUUUAAAUGUUCUUUGACAACUCAUUGUAUCAUUACAAGAACUAAAACGGACAUUACAUGCGACUGUUCUUCAAGGAAUUUCAGACGAACUCCAUUAAGAAAGAUUCCAAGAGAAACAACAAUUCUUAAUUUAUCUGGAAAUAGUUUGACAUUAGUUACGAACAAUUCUUUCGAAGGACUUGGAAAGGUGCAUACGUUGUAUCUUCAAUCAUCGAAAAUAACAUUAUUUGAGGGUGGUGCUUUUUCUGGACUAGACUCGCUCACGUAUAUAGAUCUUACAUCAAAUUUUAUAGAAAAGGAAUCGUUACCUCCAGGAUUAUUCCGACCUGUUUCAAAAUUACAGUACUUGAAUAUUGCUUCAAAUUUAUUUCACAUUUCAAAGGAAUAUCCUGAUAGUGUUCUUCGAGACUUAACAAAUCUUCAGACUUUAUCCAUGAGUGGCAUCAAUGGCGCUGUAUUUGGAAACGGAUUUAAGUAUCUGACCAGUUUAACCAGUUUAAAUUUGGAUCCUUGCUCGAUAAAUGAAUUACAAAAUGACACGUUCAUGAGCUUCAAAGGGUUACCAAUUCUAAAUCUUAAUUUCAAAUGUAGAUUAAAAAAAGUUCAACCAGGAGCAUUAGCGCCAUUUCAGUCUAUCCGUUCACUUGCAAUAUCGGAAAGUGAUUUAAUACGAAUUUCGGAUCUUCUCGUGGUACUGAGCAGUUUAAGGGAUAGAAACAUGUCGCUGAUUGAUUUUUCCUCAAAUUACCGUUCCCGAACAGGUGCUGAUAUAAUAUCUAGUGAGUCUUUUUCAUAUCUUGGUGGUGUUUGUGUUAAAGAAGUAAUCCUUAGUCGCAAUCAAAUCUGCAUAAUUCAGGGAGGAUCAAUUUCAAGAAUGAAAUAUAAGAACUGUCUACAGAAAUUUGACGUCUCGCGGAAUAAUAUCUACGGGGAUGCUCAAACAGCUUUUGAAAUAUUCAAACUUUCAGCCUUAAAAGUUCUUGAUAUUUCAAAACAGGAACCAACUGCACAAGGCCCUUAUAGUAAAAUCAAAAAUGAAAUUUUUAACUCAGAAGAUUCGAAGUAUUCUCUAUCAUAUAGUGUAGUUUUGCCACCUAGCUUAGAGCGAUUGUACGCAUCAGGAUUAAGUAUACGUAGUACUCCAUUGGCGAAUGUCAACUUCAAAUUCGGUAGCCAUGUUGUAUACGUUGAUGUAAACUGGACACCAUUCAGUAACUGUGAUGGUGUAAUUACUGGUUUGGACAAUUUGAAAUUCUUUGGAAUGUCCGGUUUUAAUUGUCAAAUACUAAAUCCAAAAAUGAUAUCAUCCUUUAAGAAUCUACAGGAACUACAGAGUAGGAGUGCAAAUCUAAAUAUUGGACUACAACAUGAUGUUAAUGGGAUAUUUCUUAAAGGUUUGCAAAAAUUACGAAUUAUUGAUUUUGCUGGAAAUGGGUUAGAAAAUUUAAAUCCCGAAUUACUUCAAUCUCAGUAUAACUCGCUUUAUUCUGCAGAUCUGUCAAAUAAUAACUUCGAUGAUUUUCCAUUCAAGAUAACUGAAUUCAAAAAUCUCAGUUAUAUCAAUUUAGAGAAUAAUAAAAUAAUUGGUUUUAAUGAAAAAGUAACGAACGAACUUGAUGACCUUGAGAGUAGGGUCAAGGGUCAUUUGAAAAUUCGUCUAGAUCGCAACUUACUACAGUGCAAUUGUAAAUCACUUAAUUUUAUAAAAUGGCUUUUUAAAACAAAGAUCCAAUUAGAUAAAGGCGGUAACUAUUCGUGCGGCUACAUAGAUGGGAGUAAAAAAACUACAGCAUACGCUUUAAAAAAUAUAGAUGAACUGACAAAGCAGUGUGCAUCAAAAUUCUGGCUUAUAACAUCUGUAUGUUUGACGCUGUUGUUGAUUAUUAUUAUUAUAAUCAGUAGCAUUGUCUUUAAGUAUAGAAUAACUCUUCAAUACUGGUACCUUGUCAUACGGAGUAGAUACAAAAUAUAUUCAAAACUAGACGAACAAAGCGAUUACAAAUAUAGCGCUUUUGUCGCAUACCACAAUGACAAUUACAGAUGGGUAUGUGGACCGCUUACGUCAUUCCUCGAAGGUGAAAAAAAGUUGUCUUUGUGUUUACAUGACCGAGACUUUGCUCUUGGAAGUCUUAUAGUAGAUAAUAUUUUUGAAGCAAUUUCACAAAGUAAGAAAGUUAUUUUGAUCGUCGGUAAAAGUUUUCUGAAAAGUACUUGGUGCGAAUAUGAAUUAGACAUGGCAAGAAUGCGAAUGUUUAGAGAGAAUAAGGAUAUUCUAAUUGUGAUAUUAGUUGAAAAAAUUCCACCAGAGGACAUGCCAAAAUCUCUUCUUCGAAUCUGGAACAAUGUAACAUGUAUAGAAGCUGAAGAAUACGUUUCAGAAGAAAAUACUCCACAAUUUCAACAUCUAUUUUGGCAACGUUUGUACCAGUCUAUCAUUGCAUAAUUAACAGCGUUAAAUCUAUAUGUACGAGACGGUAUUUUGGAUGUAGAUAUAAG